GGUCUAACCUACCGGGGUCGAGAGUUGUAUAAAUAGCUGUUAGACCUGUAUAAAUAUAUAGCAGUAUGUAGUUAGAAUUACAAAAUCUGUAUUAGUCAAAUCUGAAAACACUAUGGAGAGAUUUUACACGUGCAGUUGUUUUUUCAGAGAUAAUAUUUUUCUUGAAGAAUACAAACUUCAUGUGCGUUUCGUCUCAGAGAACCAGUUCAGGAAGGACUAUCAAAAUAUCCUCAGAUCCCUGGGUUGUGUGUCUGAAUCUCAGUUCAGAGACGUGCUUGGAAAGAUUCAUGCGGAAAUCGAGAGACGCCAGCAUUAUGAAUUGAAAUCGGCAGAGAGAGCAGCUACCAUCAAGGAGAUUUAUACACCUCUACAUCAACAUGUUUAUUAUUUGCAGGAGUCAUUCCUGGCUCCAGAAUUUUUACAGUUGGUAAAAUACUGUACUUCUACUGAUGCAACCAUGGAAGGACUGAUGAAUCUCAUUCAGACAGAGGCAGCACCAAGGGUCUUCCGAUUCCCGGUGUUCCGAAAGGAAUUCUGCAAGGACUUUAUAGAAGAGCUGGAGCAUUUUGAACAGUCUGACGCACCAAAGGGCCGGCCGAACACCAUGAACAAUUAUGGAAUUCUGCUGAAUGAACUGGGCUUUGAUGAGAGUUUCAUCACCCCACUGCGGGAGGUCUAUCUGCAUCCACUCACGGCUCUGCUCUACAGCGACUGUGGAGGAAGCUGUCUGGACAGUCACAAGGCUUUCGUGGUCAAGUAUGCUAUGCGUGAAGACUUGGACCUUAGCUAUCAUUAUGACAACGCUGAAGUCACUCUCAAUGUAUCACUGGGGAAAGAUUUCACGGAAGGGAACCUGUUCUUUGGAGACAUGAGACAGGUGCCUCUGAGUGAGACGGAGUGUGUGGAGGUGGAGCAUCAUGUAACCGAAGGUCUGCUUCACAGAGGCCAGCACAUGCACGGAGCUCUACCCAUCUCCUCCGGCACACGCUGGAACCUGAUCAUAUGGAUGCGAGCUUCACAUGAGAGGAACAAACUCUGCCCUAUGUGUGGUAAGAGACCCACACUAGUGGAGAGUGACGGAUUCAGUGAUGGCUUCACCAUGGACCCUGACGACACUAGUAGUACAUUGUCAUGUUCUUUAACAUGAUGUUGUUCAAUGCAUAUGGGUGCUGUUCUAAAGAUUUUAGUCUAAUUUAUUGUACUUUGUUUAGUGGGUCAGCAAUCAGGGUAAAAUGAUUUUGGUGCCUUCUUCAAAAUCAGUACUAAAGGUAUAAGAGUUGAUUAAUGUUUAUGGGUAAUUUUGACUGUAAAUGACCUGAUUAAAUAUCCAAAUUAUUGUAAAUGUAGUGGUUUUAAACCUGCUAUUGAUGUUAGUCAAUGUCUUAUCUUAGGAUGAACUGUUAAUAUAUACAAGGAAUUUGAGAUGUACAUUAAAAUAAAUAAACAGA